AGUGAAGGAUGAUGAGAAGUGAGGCAGAGGCGCGAGCACACAUACACACACACACACUUGCUCUCUCGCGCACGUAUCGUAAUCUCACCGAGGAGAGAGAGAGAGAGAGAGAGAUGAGGAGGAGGAGGAUGGUGCUGAUGAUGGUGCUGUGGGUCUCAACGUAAAAUCCCGUGCAUUGUUUUCGGAACAAAGUGGAGCUGAAUGCCGCCGCUCGCGGGAAAGACUGCAGCAAAAUGAGGACAGUGACGCGCCAUGGAGCAGCCGUGUUUCUGGCCAUCACCAUGUGCACCAGCUUGUUCUUCAUAUACAAUGUCAACACCAACAGCAGCAACAGUGACAGCAGAGCCGGAAGAUCUUCUUCCUCAUCCACCCGGAAACCGCGCAAAGCGCCUCCAGCUCCAGCUCUGCAGGGCUACAUCAGCAUUAUUGACCACAGCCCCCUGAAGAUGCAUUGCGGAAGCUGCUCAUUGGUCACUAGCUCCGGUCACCUGACAGCCGGAGGACGAGGCAAGGAGAUUGACAGCGCCGAUUGUGUGAUCCGCAUGAACGACGCGCCCAGCAGCCGCGGGUUUGGUCCAGACGUGGGCCGACGCACUACCCUGAGGGUGAUCGCGCAUUCUAGCAUGCAGCGCGUUCUACGUGGCCGUAACGAGCUGCUCAACUCCAGCCAAGACACCGUGUUCAUUUUCUGGGGCCCGAGCAACUACAUGCGGCGGGAUGGAAAGGGCCUGAUCUACAACAACCUGCGCCUCAUGAAUCAGGUGCUGCCCAAGCUGAAGGUCUACAUCAUCUCCUGGCAGAAGAUGCUGCAGUUUGACGAGCUCUUUAAAAAAGAGACUGGAAAAGACAGGAGGACAUCCAACUCCUGGUUAAGUACGGGUUGGUUCACGAUGACGAUAGCCCUAGAGCUGUGUGACCGAAUCAACGUUUACGGCAUGGUGCCUCCAGAUUUCUGCAAGGACGUUCAGCGCCCGUCCGUCCCUUACCAUUAUUACGAGCCCCGGGGGCCAGACGAAUGUGCCAUGUACAUCUCUCACGAGCGCGGACGCCGAGGCAGCCAUCACCGCUUCAUCACGGAAAAGCGCGUCUUUGCUAGCUGGGCACGGACGUUUGACAUCCAUUUCUACCAGCCCGACUGGAGCCCAACACCUUUACCUAAAAACAGCACGGGGACCACAGUACACCCUCAGUCACGGAGGACAUGACUUCAAACUUUGUCUAUCUGCAAUAGAACUAUAGUGUCCACAGGCUAAUACGUACAAAGAGCUGUCUUGCUUUAUUUUUUCCAUACUGACUGAGCAAAUACGGAGCUCAACAAGCGUCCGGUCUGUGUUUGUUCUCUGGAUGCAUGGACGUUUCCAAACCACUAAACAGAAAUUUAUGCUACUGUGAUAUUGGCGGAGUUCCUCAGGGCUCCGUGUCGGGACCACUUUAUUUCGGAAGCAUGUGUAGAAGAGAUAUAUCGAGAUAAAUCAUGUCUACGUAUUAGUGUUAAGGUCUGAAAUGAAUGAAUCCUGGAUGAUACUGGAAUUAUCUACAAACCUCCACGUUACCUAAAAGAGGCAUGUGUCAUUUUUUAUACAUUUUGAUCAGAAAAAAGGUUUCAAGAAGCUAUAUGGAGAUAUUAUUUAAGGACGACCUUGUUUUGGUCUUAAUUUUGCUGUUUUUUUAUCCACUAUAGUUUUUUUCUUUGCUUUGCAGAAUUCUCAGGAUCUGUUGCAUUUUGUAAAACAAACUGUAAUGUAUAUAUAAGCAGACCAUACAAACACAAGGUAACGGGAGUACAAGUAAGUAAAUUACAUUUCAAUUAAAUGGUACAAACAA